ACAGCAGCAUGGCUGUGUCCCAGACUUUCCUGCUGGGGCCUACCCAUGAACCUGCAGGAACAGUGGAACCUCGGCCUUGCGCUCGAAGCUUGGCUGAGGGCUUCCUGGAGGAGGAGCUUCGGCUCAAUGCUGAACUUCGCCAGCUGCAGUUUCCAGAGCCUGUGGGUGUCAUCUAUAAUCCAGUGGAUUAUGCUUGGGAGCCGCACCAUAACUACGUGACUCGAUACUGCCAAGGUCCCAAGGAAGUGCUCUUCCUGGGCAUGAACCCAGGACCCUUUGGCAUGGCCCAGACUGGGGUACCUUUUGGGGAAGUGAAUGUGGUCCGGGACUGGUUGGGCGUUGGGGGCUCUGUGAGGACCCCUCCCCAAGAGCACCCUAAGCGACCGGUGUUGGGACUGGAAUGCACACAGUCCGAGGUGAGCGGAGCCCGAUUCUGGGGCCUUUUCCGGUCCCUCUGUGGUCAGCCGCAGGUUUUCUUCCGGUACUGCUUUGUCCACAAUCUGUGUCCUCUGCUCUUCUUGGCUCCCAGCGGAAGAAACCUGACCCCAGCGGAGCUGCCAGCCAAGCCACGGGAGCAGCUGCUGGCGAUCUGCGAUGUAUCCCUCUGCCGGCAGGUGCAGCUGCUGGGGGUGCGGCUGGUAGUGGGAGUGGGGCGGCUGGCUGAGCAGCGGGCACGAAGAGCUCUAUCAGGGCUGGCCCCGGAGGUGCAGGUGGAGGGGCUCCUACAUCCCUCUCCUCGAAACCCACAGGCCAACAAGGGCUGGGAGGCAGCAGCCAGGGAAAGACUCCAAGAGCUAGGGCUCCUGCCUCUGCUAACGGAUGAGUGCCUGGCCAGGUCCAGCACACCUUAGAGACCCAGUCUUGCCCAGUAGAUGCCUACACACGGGGUUUACUGGGCUCUCUGUUGGAGGAAAUGUGUUUUCAGCCCUCUGGGCUGUCCUCAGGGCCAGGCCGACUCUGAUUCCAGGGUGGGCAGCUUUCCUGCUGUCUUGUCUCCAGGGCUUGUUCUGCACAGCAUCAGCAGAGGGGCGGGCCUUUGCACUCACAUGCCACCUCAUUUCCUUGGGAGCCUCCUCUGUGUGCACAGGGUCCUAGAUAGGGAUGUCUGAGGUCACAUUUGACGUUUUGGAGGAAAGAUAAUUUUAAUUUUAAUCUUUCCUGUUUUGUUUUUUAUUGGCAUUAUUUCUGGCACUGCCUCGUGUACACCAGGAAAGCUAACACUGACCUACCUCAGCCUUCUUGACACUCAUUGUACAUAUUAGUGGGGUUCAGUGUGAUGUUUCCACACAUGCAUUAAGUGUGUACUGAUUGAGUCCAACCUCCCUUUAUCUGUCCCUCUCCAUACACACACACACACACACACACACACACACACACACACACACACCUCCCCCCUCCCCAACCAGAGGACAAUCUUUCCAGGAUCCCUACUCAUCCUUACAGAACAUCUCCCUCUAGCUGGCUCCUCUCCUCCCAGGGGCCAGGACAGGCAUCAUGUUGAGAAUGAACUUCUUAGCCAGGUGUCCUGGCACACCCUUGUAAUCCCAGCACUCAGAAGCAGGAGGAUCAGAUUAGGCUCUGCCUCAGAAAUAAGUAAGUAAAUAAAUAAAUAAUUUCUUCAGGGAGACCAAGGUUGGGUUUGAGGGAGACUUCUAUGUGGUAGACUAGGAAAGAUCUAGAUUUUCAUUCUCCUCUCCCCCAUGAGGCCUGUGAACUUUUUUUUAAACCUCCCUCAGCCAAGCAGUGGUGGCACAGGCCUUUAAACCUAGCACUUGGAAGGCAGAGGCAGAAGGAUCUCUGGGUUCAAGGCCACUUCGGUCUACAAAGUGAGUUCCAGGACAACCAGAGCUACACAGAGAGACCUUGUCUUGAAAAACCAAAACUCCUGUUUUGUUUUUGUUAUUGUUUGUUUUUAAAACUUGAAGCAAGGUCUCAUUGUGUUGGCCUGUAACUCAUUAUGUAGACAAG